CUACCUCAUUUCUACUCCAUUUCGAUCAAACAUGGAUAAAAAUAAAACUGCUCAGACGCCGGCAAAAGGGAAGCCAGCCGACGACGAAGACGCGGCGACGAAGCCGGUAAUAUGGGACUGCGGAAGCUCUCUCUACGACUCGUUCGAGCUGAAGUCAUUCGAGCGCCAGCUCGACUCGGCUUUGGCUUCUAGAAGCCUCUCGAUGCCGCAUUUAUCCGACCGUCGGAUCGUUCAUGAUCUCCAACCGCCUCCGCCCCCUUCUCAGCCUAAGCGAUCGCCUUCGUCUUCGUCCAGGAUUUCUCGGUCGCUCCAGAAGCUGCUCAAAUCCGUGUUCCGCCCCAAACAAACUAGUAGCGGCGGCGGCAUAAAACAUCUCUUCCGUGUUCCAGAGCCGUCUCGCGGCGGAUCAUUCUACGUCGUCUAUGAUAAGUCCGGCGAGGCGCUCUCCACGAUUCCGGAAGUACCGGAGUCUGAUAUCCUCUCGCCGGAGAUGAAGUCAUUGGUGCGGCGAACGGCCUCCGAGCGGUUCACGGCAGCUUCUAUUGGCAUUUCAUGUGCUUGAUGAUAAAAUUAGGGACAGAUUGCAUGAUCAAUUAAGAUAACAUGACCAUGGUUGUGGGCAUGUUAUCCUAUUAACUGAGACUGUAUGGGCAUAUGGCCGGAGCAUUACUACUAGCUAGAGAUGACAGUUUGCAUUUACAACCUGGGUACUCACUUUUAUUUAAUUCGUCUGAGUCGAAUUUGAAUGUAAAAAUUUUCUUAUAUGUAGUAAAUCUAUCAUGUAGUAAAUAUAAAUUUUAUUUA